GUGUUUGCUCAUGUGGAUGGCGAUCAUCACGAAACCACUCCCGUCCAGUAUAUGACCAUCUCCCAAGAUAGUUGGCCAUACAUUGUAACCACCUAUGACUAAGGCUUCAGACGUGGAACAGGAGCUCUGGCUAUUUGGCUAUGGGAGUCUGAUCUGGAAACCGCCGCCACAUUUUGAUCUGAGAGUGCCUGGCUAUGUCGAAGGAUAUGUGCGGCGCUUUUGGCAAGCAAGCGAGGAUCAUCGCGGAACUCCCGAAGCCCCCGGUCGAGUUGUCACGUUGAUUGACAGAGCACAUUGGGAGACGUUGGUCGAUGAGCACUCCGAUGCAUCAGCUACCACAUGGGGCGCCGCUUACCGGAUACCUGGGCCACACGUAGCAGAAGUGAGAGAAUAUCUCGACAUUCGUGAGAUAAAUGGAUAUAGUAUCCAGUACACUCCAUUCCACGUCUCAAGAUCAUUUGCGGCUUCACACAACCUACCCGCACCGAUCAAUUGCUUGGUGUACGUGGGGUUGCCUGACAACCCGCAGUUUGUGGGCCCGCAAGAUGCUCAGUUACUGGCAGAGCAUAUUGUGAGAAGCAGGGGACCGAGUGGCGAGAACAAAGAUUAUCUCUACGGACUUGACCGAUCCCUCUUGGAGCUUGGAGAAGGAAGCGAAGACGAGCAUGUCCACGAUUUAGCGAGACGCUGCCGGGAGAUUGAGGGUAGAUCGUCAGACUCCAGUGUUAUCGGAUCUGAGUUGCGAAGAGUAGGGAGCACGGAUGAGCAGGAAGAGACAGAGAAGUGAAGACGACAUGACCAGUAGUGUACUAGAUGAAUGCAUGGUCAGCAAUUGACGCGUUACAGUCUUACAGAGAACUAGAUGGACGGAGAAGGUUUGUAGAUCUACAGUAGGGUGGCUGCGGCGCGAACCGGAG